CGGGCGCAAGACUGCCUCCAGAGGCUCUCCUUGCUAGCAGUUCCGCCUGUUUUGCAGAGUUGGGAUUCGCGACCUCCAGCACAGACAGUGAUUGCCUACUCUGAGCCAGGGUAUUGAUCUACUCCCUGAGACUGGCAGCAUUGAAGGACAAGCAAGUUUAGGAGGACAACACAGAAAUUCAACUUUAAUUCUGAGGUGUUUCCCCCAAUAAAUCAAUUUCACAUCUACUUCCAUCUUGGUACCUGCUUUUCAGAGGAUCCAGGGCUCUGUCCACCCACAGAAGUUUGAACAACCAGCAAGAACUGGCAGAAACGCUAAGCUCCAGAAAACAGAUAAAGGACUACACUAACCAGGAUGUGGUGCUGCAGGGUAUCCCACCUACAAAGCAGGCUCCAGGACCUGCUGAAAGGAGGAGUCACAUACUGGGUCCUUAAACAGCACAACUUCAAAAACUUAUUUCCAUUAGCCAUUCAUUGGCACCAUACAGCCUCCAAGUCUCUGAAUUGUGCUUGGCAGCAACAUGAAGAUCAUUUUGAACUGCAAUAUGCUGACACCGUGAUGCGCUUUGAUUAUGUCUGGCUUCGAGACCACUGCCGCUCAGCAUCUUGCUACAACUCUAAGACUCACCAGCGUAGCCUGGACACUGCCAGUGUAGAUUUAUGUAUCAAGCCAAAGACCAUUCGUCUGGAUGAGACCACACUCUUUUUUACUUGGCCAGAUGGUCAUGUGACUAGAUAUGAUUUGGAUUGGCUGGUGAAAAACAGCUAUGAAGGACAGAAACAAAAGGUCAUACAACCUAGAAUCUUAUGGAAUGCUGAAAUCUACCAGCAAGCCCAAGUUCCAUCUGUAGAUUUCCAGAGCUGCUUAGAAACAAAUGAAGGACUUAAGACAUUUCUGCAAAACUUUCUGCUCUAUGGAAUUGCAUUUGUAGAAAAUGUCCCUCCCACUCAAGAGCACACAGAGAAGUUGGCAGAAAGGAUCAGCUUGAUCAGAGAAACCAUCUAUGGGAAGAUGUGGUAUUUCACUUCAGAUUUCUCCAGGGGUGACACUGCUUACACCAAGCUAGCUCUAGACCGGCACACUGAUACUACCUAUUUUCAAGAGCCCUGUGGCAUUCAAGUGUUUCACUGUCUUAAGCAUGAAGGAACAGGUGGCAGGACACUGCUAAUCGAUGGAUUCUAUGCAGCAGAACAGGUACUUCAAAAGGCGCCUGAGGAAUUUGAACUCCUCAGCAAAGUGCCAUUGAAGCAUGAAUAUAUUGAAAAUGUUGGAGGAUAUCACAGCCACAUGACUGGGGUUGGGCCAGUCUUAAAUAUCUACCCAUGGAAUAAAGAACUCUAUUUGAUCAGGUGAGUACUAAAGA